AUGAAUCAUGAUUUGAUAGCAGCAAUGAAGAAGCUCAUCCAAUAUUCUCUCUCAUCAAUCUAUCUUCUUCUUCUUCUCGUGGACGUAGGUUGUGCGUUGAACACAACCCCCUUCUCCAAAGGCUUCACCCCUCUUUUUGGUCAUCCAAAUAUCAUCCCUUCUCUCGACGAUCGAUCCCUUCAACUUCAUCUCAAUCAAUACACAGGGUCGGGAUUCAAAUCCGCAGAGGUGUACAAGUACGGGUUGUUCAGCGCCAAAAUCAAGCUACCAUCGGACUACGCAGCAGGCGUCGUCGUCGCCUUUUAUACAACAAAUGGAGAUAUGUUUGGAAAGACACACGACGAGCUGGAUUUCGAGUUUUUAGGGAACAUACGAGGAAAGGCGUGGCGGUUUCAGACAAAUAUGUAUGGGAAUGGGAGCACUAACAGAGGCAGAGAAGAGAGAUAUUACCUCUGGUUUCACCCUUCCAAACACUUUCAUCGUUACACCAUUUUCUGGACCACCACCAAUAUCAUAUUCUAUAUUGAUGAUGUCCCGAUCCGAGAAAUUGUACGAAAUGAUGCAAUGGGAGCUGAUUUCCCAUCAAAACCUAUGGCAUUAUACGCCACAAUAUGGGAUGCAUCGGAUUGGGCUACUUCCGGUGGCAAAUACAAAGCAAAUUACAAAUAUGCCCCUUUCGUGGCCGAGUUCAGCGACCUCGUCCUCAACGGGUGCGCCGCCUAUCCGGUGGAAGAGGUGGUCGCCACCGGCUGCGAUGAGAUAAAUGACCAACUUGCUAUUUUUGAUAGAAUAAGCCCUAGACAAAGAGUGGCCAUGAAAAGAUUUAGAGAAAGAUACAUGUAUUAUUCGUAUUGUUAUGAUAAAUUAAGGUAUCCGGUGCCUCCGCCCGAAUGUGUCAUUGAUCCGGCGGAGAGGCAGAUGUUUAAGGAGACGGGGCGGCUGAAAUUUGACGAGAAGCACCACCGCCGGAGGUUCAACCAAAGAGGCCAAGUUAAGAGGUAGGUGAGUGAUAUUAUAAUUUGAAUUUUCCUUCUCUAGAUUUUUUGGGAUGAUUUGAUUGAAAUAAUUUAUAUUAAUGAAUGAAUAUAGAAAUUAUUUUGUA